GGAAGUCUUGAGGAAUCUGGUCCUACACGGUGUCUCGAUUCGUAAUACCGCUCCCCAUAUGUCGCAAUCGAACGGACUAGUAGAAAAUGCCAACCGGGUGCUCAAGACGACGUUACGGCGUAAUAUCGCGGCUCAAGAUAUAAGGCCUUGGCCCGAUAUCUUGGACGUGCCGAUUCUGGACGUGGCCAAGUGGGCACAGUGGUGGCAUGCUUACGUGGCACUCAGCUUCUUCCUCGUCGAAGUAGUUUUUCAUUGGGUGGAACCUGCUGAUAGGAGCGAGGAGGACGAGAUCUCGGACGACGAGUCGGAGUCAUUGAUUGUCCAAGCCUGGAGAACGGACACGGAGGGUGAGCUUCUGGGAAUCCUGUUCGGGGAAGUACGGGACGACCACCUGGAUUUGAUCGAAGACGAAGUGCUGGUGUUCUUGACCCAACUACUGGACGACCUACCUUUGGACAUCCUCUCGCGCUGUGACAAAAGGCUCGGGACUGCCACACUCACCCGUACCUUGACCCCCCCUCUCCUGUGGCCUACGUGCACGGAGCUCGACGGGGAUCAUUGCUAUUAUCCCUCUGAAGGCGCUUACCUGAUCAUCGACGUCAUUGAUCUCUCCUUCUGGGAUCCUCUCAUCCGACGAGUGAUCGUAGGAGAAACCAACGAGGAAGCUGAAGAGGAGGAAGAGGAAGCAGCCGAGGAAGAGAUCGAGGAGGACAACCAUCUUCAGUACACGGAAGGAGGGGAAACGCCAAGAGAGGAAGAAUCGGAGGUUGAGUCGGAUGAUCCUGAUUAUGACGAAUCGGAGGACGCCAAAUCAGAAGAGGCCAACUCGGAACGGGACGAGACUGAGGAAGAAGAGGCCGGAUCGUGUGAGUCUAGCGGUUCCAACGAACUGAGCAGAGAAGAGAAAGAGGUCGUGGCAUAGAGGAAACGGGCAGUGAGAGAAGGCAAGUGGCCGAUCGAGGAAUCAGGAGGGCCACCGCGCAACUGCUACAGGGCGAUCAGAUGCUCAAUCCG